AUGCCCGCGAACUCGUCUACAAACAGCGGUGGCCCAGCGUCUGCUGAUGGAGGUCAAGAGAAGCAGAAGAUGCUUUUGUCCUCAGAUACCGGUCACUUCAGUAUGGUCAGAGCCCUGCAUCUAGCAGAUCUCGUAACCGAGCUUAAUGUCAUGUCCGUCUUUUCGUCCCUCCGCUACUGUCUCGGCGACCCCCACGACUACGGUGCCAUUUGGGCCGCUCUCGGAUUUAUGCCGUUCGGCCUAUUCUUUGAUUUUAUGGACGGCAGGAUCGCACGAUGGAGGAAGAAGUCGUCUCUCAUGGGACAAGAACUGGACUCCCUCGCAGACCUGAUCUCCUUCGGCAUGGCGCCGGCUGCCGCUGCAUUCGCGCUCGGAAUCCGAACCCCUCUCGACCACCUAUUCCUCACGUUCUUCGUCCUCUGCGGCUUGACGCGCCUCGCCCGCUUCAACGUCACCGCCGCUGUCCUUCCUAAAGACAAGACCGGAAAGUCGAAGUAUUUUGAGGGCACACCGAUCCCCACUACCCUGAGCAUCGUCGGUGUGAUGGCCUACUGGGUAUCGCAAGAAUGGAUUUUGGAAGACAUUCCGCUCGGCGUUGCUGCUCAAGGUACCGCGCUUGAGUUCCACCCGAUCGUUCUCCUCUUCGUUCUGCAUGGGUGCCUCAUGGUCAGCAAGACCCUGCAUAUCCCGAAGCCAUGA